AUUUUUACCCAAGAGCAGAAGGAAAGCGCUACGGAGCUAGCCUUCAAAUACGCGGUUUACAGGAUCAACAAGGAUAAAAAUCUCCUGCCCAACACCACGUUGAUGUACGACAUCCAGUACGUCCCGAGAGACGACAGUUUCAGGACAACAAAGAAAGCGUGUAGCCAGGUGGAGGUCGGUCUGCAGGGGAUGUUCGGCCCUUGGGAGCCAUCGUUGGGCGCACACGUCCAGAGUCUCUGCGAGGCGCUCGACCUACCCCACAUGGAAGCGAGGCUCGAUCUCGAUCACGGCCACAAAGAGUUCUCGAUCAAUCUCCAUCCAUCGCAGGUCCAUCUGAACGCAGCUGUCAAAGACCUCAUCACCUUCCUCAACUGGACCAGGGUGGCCAUCGUCUACGAGGAAGAUUACGCCAAAACCAUCAGCGCCAAAGGAUUAUUCAAGCUUCAAGAGCUGGUGAAAGCUCCUCCUGGUUCGAGGACGGAAAUGUACAUAAGGCAGGCUCAUCCUGGCAAUUACAGGCACGUCCUGAGAGAAAUAAGGCAGAAGGAGAUUUUCAAACUGAUCGUCGACACCAACCCGUCCAACAUGAACCACUUUUUUAGAGCGAUAUUACAACUUCAGAUGAACGACUACAGAUACCAUUAUAUGUUUACGACCUUCGACAUUGAGACGUUCGAUCUGGAAGAUUUCAAAUACAAUUCUGUCAACAUGACGGCGUUCCGCCUGGUCGACGUUGAAAACCCGAAAGUCUCCGAUCUCCUUUUGCAGAUGGAGAGGUUUCAACCAAUAGGGCACGCCAUACUCAACAAAACCGGCAUUAUCAAGGCGGAACCGGCGUUGGUGUUCGACUCGGUCCACGUCUUCGCAGCCGGCCUCGCAUCUCUGGAAUCUUCUCACCUCCUGAGACCGGUCAACCUUUCCUGCGAUUUAGAGAUACCUUGGCCGGACGGCACGAGCCUCUACAAUUACAUCAAUGCUGUGACAGUGAACGGGCUGACUGGCCGUAUCGAGUUCAACGAGGGCAGGAGAACUAAUUUUAAGCUUGACUUGCUCAAGCUUAAAAGGGAGCAGCUGAGAAAGGUCGGCGAAUGGAGUCCGACGAGUGGGAUCAACAUAACGGACAACACUGCAUUUUACGAGACGACAACACCCAACAUCACGCUGAUCGUCAUGACUAGGGAGGAAAGGCCGUACGUCAUGGUCAGGGAGGGAAACUCAACCGGAAACGCCCGCUUUGAAGGUUUCUGCAUAGAUCUGCUGAAGUCUAUAGCUAGCCGAGUCGGUUUUCAGUACGCUAUCAGACUGGUCCCAGACCACAUGUACGGCGUUUAUGACCCAGUGACGAAACAAUGGAACGGCAUCGUGCGAGAACUCAUCGAAAAGAGGGCGGAUCUUGCCGUCGCCUCCAUGACUAUUAAUUAUGCAAGGGAAAGUGUAAUCGAUUUCACGAAGCCUUUCAUGAACCUCGGUAUAGGGAUCCUUUUCAAGACGAGUGAGCGUAUGCCGAACCGCAUGUUUUCCUUCCUCAACCCGCUCGCCGUCGAGAUUUGGAUUUGGAUGGGGGCAGCCUACAUCCUCGUCUCCCUAACGAUUUGGCUCGUGGCGAGGUUCUCGCCGAGGGAGUGGACAAAGCCGGCUUGUCCCUGCUCCAGAGAGCUUCAAGAUGAACAGGAGUCACACCACAUUCUCAUUUCCUUCGACAGCGUACUGCAAAACGACUUUACUCUCGGAAACGCAUUUUGGUUCACUAUAGGUUCUCUGAUGCAGCAGGGUUCUGACCUAAACCCGAAGGCCACGUCGACGAGGAUCGUCGGUGGGAUUUGGUGGUUUUUCACCCUGAUUAUCAUAAGCUCUUACACUGCCAACCUCGCUGCCUUUCUGACUGUCGAACGGAUGAUCACCCCGAUCGAGAGCGCGGCGGAUCUCUCGGAACAGACCGACAUCGCCUACGGAACAUUGGAAGGCGGUUCUACAAUGACCUUCUUUCGUGAUUCGAAAAUUGGUAUAUACCAAAAGAUGUGGAGGUACAUGGAGAGCAAGAAGCCUUCGGUGUUCGUCCCUUCGUACGAAGAUGGCAUCAAGAAGGUCCUGGAAGGGAACUACGCCUUCCUCAUGGAGUCGACGAUGCUCGACUACGCGGUCCAAAGGGACUGCAACCUCACGCAGAUCGGAGGACUGCUCGAUUCGAAAGGAUACGGGAUAGCAACCCCUAAAGGUUCUCCGUGGAGGGAUAAGAUAUCCCUUGCGAUCCUGGAACUUCAGGAAAAAGGGGUGAUACAGAUGCUGUACGACAAGUGGUGGAAGAACACAGGCGACGUCUGCAACCGUGACGACAAGAACAAAGAGUCAAAAGCGAACGCCCUUGGAGUUGAAAACAUCGGCGGAGUUUUCGUCGUGCUUCUUUGCGGCCUCGCGCUCGCCAUUGUUGUCGCAAUACUCGAGUUUUGUUGGAAUUCGAAAAAGAAUGCUCAAACCGAUCGGCAAUCUUUGUGCUCUGAAAUGGCCGAAGAACUGCGAUUCGCAAUCAGGUGCCACGGUUCCAGGCAGAGGCCUGCUCUCAAGAGAAACUGCACCAGGUGCUCUCCAGGGACGACGUACGUUCCAUCAGCCCUGGAAAUCCAACACAUAAACGGGGAAACUGGUAUCCUCCCCAUGAUCGAGAUGAAAAAGUCGUCACUCGGCUACGAUCCGGACACCUAGUGAAAGCUACAGGACUCGACGUCCCUCAAAGUCGUCGAGUCCACCAAGCUUUACUGGCCGCAGGAGCACCACGUGCCUGAAUCCUGUUACCAAGAGACGUACACGUAACACCAGCCCAACCUCGAGGUCCCCGCCAACUGGUUCUUCCUCUAACGAGUGGGAAUUGAUUGAACUGUAAAUAGAUACCGGUGUAUAAAAUUUUGAAUUGAAGUUAGCUGAAAUGGGAAUUUUGUUUACAAAACUUGAAACAUUUUUAUUAAACAAAAGGAGACUAGGAAAUUUGUGAUCAUUUUGUAAAUAAAUAAAUGAAUUUUCUUUGUAAAACAACUAGAAAAAGGCUCAAUUCAGGGAUACAGUUUUUAUUUGUAACACAACCAACGGUCCAAGACUUAUAAAGGAUCAACUAGAAGAUAAACAACCGCAAUUUAAUUUUUUUUAUUUAAAUCCUUUAAAAAGGUUUUUUUUAUGCUGCAAGUAGAUUUUUUACACAUGUACAGUUAUAAAAAACCGCCCAUUUCUUUUUGUAGAAAUUUCAAAUAAGUGCCUAUGCAAAAGUAAAAUGUUACUAUAAAAUUCAUCUAUGUUGUAAAUUUAGCAGUUGGAACGAUAUGAAAAGCCUUUUCUCUCGACUUCGAGGUGAUGGAAGAAAUUUUGAUUUGUUUUAUUCAAAACAACUGAAAAGUGUACAGUUUCUAUUGUUGUUCCUUGUUAUUUAUUAAAUGUGGUUUAAAAUAGGUGUAAUUUCCAAUUGUUUUUUUAACUCUAUAAUAGUUAAUUCAGCAGAUUCAUAAUUUGGAAUAUAAUUUAAGUGAAAAUGUCUAGCUGGUGAAAGGAGAGAAAACGCCGAAAAUGUAUGAAAACAAACAUGCAUUAGUGAUAUACAUAUACAAAAAGAAAUUCAUGUAAAAUUUUCCAAAACUUUUACUCUUUAU